AAAGUUUCUCCCGGCGUCAGACCCUCGACGAGAGCUGCAUCUGGAAGCGGAGGCUAUGGCAGCUGCAGGGACACCCAAAAAGCCCUCAUCAGUACUCGCAACAAUAGCGGCACAACGCGCAGCAUCACAACCCAAAGUUGAGGAUUUGAAGCCUAUACGGCCUAUAUAUGAGAAGAAAUACCAUCUGACCCAAGAGGAUAUUGAUGAAAUUCGGAGAUUACGGAAGGAGGAUCCCAGAUACUGGUCACGUCUAAGACUGGCAGAAAAGUUCGAUUGUUCGCAAUUUUUCAUCAGUCUGUGUGUCACUGCGCCAGAACAUGCAAAGGAGAAGGAGGCGGAGGUGGAGGCUGUGAAGGCCAGAUGGGGACGACGGAAAAUUGAAGCAAGAGUAGCAAGGGCGGAGAGAAAGAAGCUAUGGGGUCAGGAGGGCUGAACAGAAACUGGGGCAAACCCACGGAGAUGAGGGACAAGUGUAUAUCUCAGGCAGUCUACGCAGCAGCACAUUCCGUCAACUCAGGUGCUGCGAGAACUGUUCUGCAGCAAGCCAUUGCUUCUUGAAGAAUUUGGCACUGCUUGAGAAGCCAGCGAUUGCAGCAAUAUGGAUGGCAGGCUUG